AUGUUGACAAAUUUGGUUCUUCCAUGGUUCUUCAUGACCAUCUCCUUGGUCUACCUCUGGUUGACCAUCCUCAAACUCGCCUUCACCGGUGACGUCAAGAUCUUGUUCUCAUGGCCCUCCCUCAAAGAGGCAUGGUUUGGUGAGUUCUGGAAAUUCAUGGGACCCAAAGCGAAAGCCGGCGCCGAGGAUAAAGUCUUGCCGCUCCUCGAGGGCAGAAUCCGUGGCGGGCGAAUAUUAUCCGAAAGGGGUGCCAGCAAGCCGAUUGACGGGAUUGUUCUCGAAAUCGGAGCCGGCAGCGGCAUGUGGACGGAAUCGCUCGCCACGAUCGUCCGAACCGCAAAGGCUGAGUCUCGCGCAGCCCCGACCAAGAUCUACGGCGUUGAGCCGAAUCCGGUGUCCGCUACAUCAUUGAGACGAUGUGUCGAAGGAGCUGGCCUGAAAGGGACCUACCAGGUUGUGCCCGUGGGUAUUGAGGAUUUGCAGAACGAAUCGGCGUGGGGCGGACGAAUCGAACCGGGCAGCGUCGACUGCAUCAUGACCGUUCAGUGCCUCUGCAGCAUCCCAGAGCCGGAAAAGAACAUCCGUCUCCUUUACAACUAUUUGAAGAAGGGCGGACGGUGGUACGUCUUUGAGCAUGUCAAGGCUGAGCAGGGCCUAUUCAUUCCAAUGUUUCAACGGUUCACAAACAUAUUCUGGAAGCACAUAAUGGGCUCAUGCCAACUGUGCCGAUCGACCGGACAAACUCUGCAGCAAGUCGGUUCGUGGAGCGACGUGGACUUGGCCCAACCGGCCGAUGAGUCUAGCAGCGACGUGAUCCCCCAUAUUAUCGGAGUCCUGACCAAGUAG